AUGCAUCCCCGCAACCAAUCACUCACCCACCCCAACAGUCCCCAGCUGUCGGGCUUGACUCGUGAUGCACGCUUUUGCUUUCACCUGUGCUUUCACCCAUCUUUGCAAUUUUUCUAUCACCUAGCCUUAUCUAGGUGA